UACUUUCGUACGGUAGUGCGUAUCCGAUCAUGUUCUUAGGUGAUCAAUGGAAGUCCUAGUUCUUUCCCAUAUCUUUCUUUCUCCUUCUCGCGAUGGGAGCGACGAACAACGAACAAAGAAACUAGAAAUACUAACAAAUUUACUCUUAAACUUCAAUUUAUCCGCUGUUUCAUUGUUUGAUUUGAUAUAAGCUUCGCUGACCGCAUUCUUUUCACAAAUUCGUCUUAGGUUCUUGAGUUUUCGUUGCUGUCGGUUGUGAUAUCGGUCUGGCAAGGGAAUGAUUACAAUGCCGCCAUUCAUGUCGGGCUCCAGAGCAUUCGGUUCUAUACUUUCGCGUCAAAAUUGUAUCAGGUACUUGAUUAGGUCUAGCAGGAGGGAUAUGCAGUUGCAGAAAUUCGAUGUGGCUCGAUGUAUUAGUGGCAUUGCCGGUAUUCAGACCCCAUCGGCCCGCAAUCCUAUGAAGGAUGUAAAUUGUUCAAUUGAGAAUUUAUGUAAUAGGAUCAGUUUUGCGCAAAAACGCCAGUUUAUCGGUUGCGGGGAUGGUGAAGUGGGCAGUGUUCUCUCCAAAGUCUAUGAGGAGAGACGCGUUUUAGGGUAUUCUCCUGAGCAGUUAUUUGAUGUGGUUGCCGCAGUGGAUAUGUAUCAUGAGUUUGUCCCCUGGUGUCGACGCUCUGGGGUACUCAAACACCAUCCAGAUGGAUCUUUUGAUGCUGCGCUGGAGAUUGGCUUUAAAUUUCUGGUUGAAAAUUAUGUUUCCCAUGUAGAGUUGGACAGACCAAAGUUUAUAAAGACAACUGUGUCGCAGAGUUCCGUCUUCGAUCACUUGAUAAACAUUUGGGAAUUCAAUCCUGGUCCAGUUCCAGGAAGUUGCAACCUUUAUUUCUUGGUGGACUUUAAGUUCCAAUCACCACUUUACCGGCAGGUAGCAUCCAUGUUCUUCGAGGAGGUGGUCUCUCGACUGGUUGGUUCAUUCAGUGAUCGCUGCGGUGUAAUUUAUGGACCAGGGGUCUGAAUCCUUGAAAGGCAUUACGGACAAGGAGCAUAAAAGUGUCUGUUGUUCUCCAUUUAAGGAGACAUGGUGCUCACGUGUUAGGCUUUGGCCCAAUUUAUUCCAUCGUCAAGUGGAAAACUCCUUAGUGUGCGGAUCCGAUGGUCCGAUUUUGAAUAAUACAAUUUGUUCCGAUCCCCUCUAUCCUCUCUCGAAGUGAAUACAUGACAUUUUUUGUACAAUAAUUCUUAUUGACAUAUCUAACUAGGCAGAAAAUUUAAACCAAUAAAUGCAAGGAAGAAAAGAACAAAGCACAUGAAUUUCGUUCGAGCCAUUA